AUGGCCUCCAUAACAGAGUUUACUAAGGCGACGACGUCAUCCUCUUUCAAGAGGAACCAGUUGCUCCUCGCUGCCUUGGGUCUCGGUGCGUUAUUUCUCAUCAUCCGCUUUGUCGCACGCCAGCUCGAGAUACGUGCGUUCAAGAAGGCGCAUGGCUGUCUUCCGCCACCUCGUGAGCCCCAAACCGAGCAUAUCCUCGGUUUGGCGGCGUGGAAGAGGCUCCGGCGCGAACGCCGGGACCGUAUCACCCUAAAAGAGACCACUCGACGAGCCAAGGAACUCGGUUACACCAGUUCGCUUGUUAUGGCCGGCAAUCACUUCACGGUGACUUGCGAUCCCGUUAACCUGAAAGCCAUGCUCGCGACUAACUUCAAUGACUUCGGCCUUGGUCCGCGUGAGGUUCCCCUCGGCCCGGUGCUAUCUGGUGGUAUCUUCAUCUCUGAUGGCGAAGCUUGGCAACACUCCAGAGCAUUAAUCCGACCCGCAUUCACCAGAGCCCAAGUCGCAGACCUAGACAGUCUAGAAGAGCACACACAAGAUCUCCUCGCGCGCGUCCCCAAAGCCGACGGCGUGACCUUCGACCUAAAGCCGCUCUUCUACAACAUGACCCUCGACAGCGCGACAGACUUCCUCCUCGGCACAUCCGUAGGCAGCCAGACCAGUGCCCCGGGCUCCCCCGCACGUAACUUCCUCGACGCCUUCGACUACGCGGAAGAAGUACUGCAGAAGCGCAGCGAGCUCGGAAAACACGCCUGGCUGAUCCGCGACAAGAAAUUCGACGCUGCCUGCAAGACGAUCAAGGACUUCACCAACGGCUUCAUCCAGGAGGCGUUACGCGGCAACACUAAGGGCACCCGGUACAAUCUACUCGCUGAAAUCGCCGGUGCCUGCCGUGACGAGGACAAGCUCCGUAGCGAACUCCUCGGUGUUCUUCUCGCUGCGCGUGAUUCCACGGCGAGUGUAUUGAGCAGCGCAUUUUAUGAAAUGGCAAGGAACCAAGAUAUUUGGAAUAAGCUUAUGGUAGAGGUUGAUUCGCUUGAGGGCCGUGUGCCGGAUUACGAGUCCCUGAAGGAGAUGAAGUACCUGCGAGCUGUUUUGAACGAGACCCUCCGCCUCUGGCCCCCUCUCCCCAGAAACGUGCGGUUCGCACGCAAAGACACGACUCUCCCCCGCGGCGGCGGCCCCGACAAGACUGCCCCCGUCUUCGUCGCCAAGGGCUCGCCCGUCUUCUACUGCGUCUGGGCCAUGCACCGUCUCCCCGAGUUCUGGGGUCCCGACGCCGACGUCUACCGUCCCGAGAGAUGGUUAGACGAGAAGGUCAAGCCCGGCUGGGCGUAUCUGCCGUUUAACGGAGGCCCGAGGUUAUGCCUAGGCCAGCAAAACGCGCUGAUCGAGGGGAGCUACAACAUCGUGCGAUUGAUGCAGGAGUUCAAGCGCAUCGAGCCGAGGGAUAACCAGCCGUGGACGGAACACCUGGCUAUGGGUUUGAGCAAUGAACAUGGAUGCAAGGUCGCUUUUUGGAGGAGUAAGUAG